CCAGCCCUGCAUAGCUGAGAUGGUGGGUACUGCGUUCUUCGUGUUCAUCGGCUGCGUGUCAGUCAUCGAGAACACUGAGGCGACGGGAAGGUUUCAGCCGGCGUUGGUGCACGGUCUUGCGGUUGCGGUCAUGGUGGCAUGCAUGGCAGAGAUCAGUGGGUCCCACUUCAACCCACCAAUCACCAUAGCCAUCUACCUGUGUGGAGGUAUGAAGCUCAACAUGGUGACCCCGUACGUGAUCAGUCAGCUGAUUGGAGGGGUGCUGGGAGCCGCAAUGUCAAAGGUGAUGACGACAAGGGCGAAAUACGCCCAGGCCACAGGCGCGGCCUUCACCGUCCUCCAAUCAGAGGAUCAGCUGGGGGCAGCCAUCUUUGGAGAGGCCACCAUGACCUGCCUGGUCACUUUGGUGGUAUUGAUGGGUGCAGUCAACCACAAGAGCAAGAGCCCCCUUGUGCCCUUCCUGGUGGGCGGAGCCAUCGUCAUCUGCGUCCUGGCUGGGGGUGACGUGUCCGGGACGUGUUUGAACCCCGCCCGGGCUCUGGGGCCGGCGGUGAUCACAAACUACUGGGCGCACCACUGGGUGUACUGGGCGGGGCCCACAGGGGGCAGUCUCGUAGCUGCUGCUGUCGUGAGACUUUUGCUUGGAGAUGAAAAGACCCGUGUUAUCCUGAAAUGACAGGGUAGCUUGACG